GAUGAUGACGGACGUCAUCGGAACAAUGAAGGGAUCGGAUUGGAAAGUUUUAAUUCUAGAUCAGCUUUCCACAAGAAUGAUAUCUGCAUGUUCGAAAAUGACGGAAAUAAUGUCAGCUGGAAUAACACUUGUUGAAGAUAUUAACAAGAGAAGAGAGCCAUUACCUCAAUUGGAUGCAAUUUACUUAAUUACACCAACUGAAAAAUCUAUCCGCUCCAUGGUUAACGACUUUGUGGACAGCAAUCAACUCUAUAAAUGUGCUCAUAUAUUUUUCACAGAAGCUUGUCCGGAUGAGCUGUUUAACCAACUCUGCAAUUCUGAAAUGGCCAAAAGAAAUUUAAUCAAAACAUGUAAGGAGGUAAACAUCGCCUUCCUACCCUACGAAGGACAAGUUUUCUCGCUGGAUGCACCGGACAUAUUUGAACUAUACUACAGUGGCAAUAAAAGUCAAGCAAGAACCAUAGUUUUUGAGAGAAUAGCCGAGCAAAUAGCAACACUCUGCAGCUGCUUGGGAGAAUACCCAGGCGUUAGAUACAGGCAGGAAUUCGAUAGAAACGGCGAAUUUGCUCAGCUAGUUCAGCAGAAAUUGGAUGCAUAUAAAGCAGAUGAUCCAUCUAUGGGACAAGGUCCACAAAAGGAUCGUUCUCAACUCAUUAUUUUGGAUAGAGGAUUUGAUCCAAUAUCUAUGUUUGUCCAUGAAUUAUCUUUCCAAGCUAUGGCAUAUGAUUUACUUCCCAUUGAUAAUGACGUUUACAAAUACGAAAGUCAAUCCCCGAGUGGUGAAAGUCAUGAAAGAGAAGUAAUAUUGGAUGAAAAUGAUGAUAUGUGGAUGGAGUUGAGACAUCAACAUAUCGCAACUGUUUCUCAAGCAGUGACAAAGAAGUUGAAAGACUUUAGUCAACAAAAAAGAUUUCAACAGGGUAGUAAGGCUCUUAUGAGAGACGUCGCCCAAAUGAUUAAAAAGAUGCCACAAUAUCAGAAAGAGCUGAAUAAAUACGCCACCCACUUCCAUUUAGCGGAAGACUGCAUGAAGCAAUUUAAGAACAUUGAAGAAAUUAUUAAAAUGGAGCAAGAUUUAGCCACAGGAUUUGAUAGUAAUGGUGACAGAAUUCAAGUCCACAAAGAACCACCAAGACCCAUGAUAAUGCAAAUAAUGAACCCUAACGUCAUCCAAAAUGAUAAAAUUCGCUUAAUAAUGCUUUACAUCAUUCUUCGGGGAGGUAUGAAUGAGGAGAAUCUCCGAAAGCUAUUCGAACACGCUAAACUUCCAACGGAAGACAUAAACACAAUAAAAUGUCUGCAAAAUCUAAAUCUUACUGUAAUACAAGAGGGAAAUAGACGUACUGUGAAACAGCAUUAUCAGGCUGUAAAUAGACGAGAAAGAACACAUGAACAGCGAUUCCAAAUGUCUAGAUGGGUUCCCUAUGUCAAAGACAUAAUGGAAGAGGCAAUCGAAGAUAAGCUAGAUCAGAGAAGAUUUCCGUUCUUAAGCAGUGGUCCUCGAAGCAUGAUGGGCGGCAGUGCUCCAAUAAGCGCAAGAUAUGGAAAUUGGCACAAUAAAGCACAAACACCAAAGAGCGGUCCUAGAUUGAUCAUCUUCAUUGUCGGUGGUGUGAUGAUGAACGAAAUGAGAUGCGCAUACGAAGUUACUAAUUACACGGGACGAAAUCGUUCUAAUUGGGAAGUGAUUAUUGGCUCUACUCAUAUAGCAACACCGGCAAUGAUGCUAGAUCACCUACGAAAUCUCUGGUCGUCGUCAAAUGCUGGUGUCUGUACUCCGUAG